AUGAUAACUACUCUAGUGACUCUACUGUCUGUGUUGUUAUCGACUGUUUUUGGAUGCUAUCUUUUCCCUAACGACGUUCCGGAUCCAUGUCGUGGAGUAACGUGCGGACCCGGCGAGCUAUGUCGCCCAACGUCUGAUGGACGAUCUUACCAUUGCGAGUGUCCAACAUCGUGCCCCAGUUACGGUGAUCACGAGGGAUCACGGCCUCUUUGCGCCAGCGAUGCCCGAGAUUAUCCUGGAGAAUGUGAGAUGCGACGAGCUGCUUGCGAAACCAACACAAAUAUCACUUUUAUGUACUACGGCAAAUGCGAUCCUUGCGCAGGCGUAACUUGUCCUGAUCCCGAAGUUUGCCAGUUAGACGAACGUCGAUUGCCGUCUUGUCGUUGCGCGGAACCGUGCCCUUUGGAGUUUUCGCCAGUGUGUGCUUCUGACGGGAAGACUUACUCCAACGAGUGCCAAAUGCAUCGGGAAUCUUGUCGCGCUAGGAAACAGCUGCGAAUAAUUUUUAAAGGACAGUGCAAUUCUGGAGUGAACCCUUGUUCGGAAGUGGAGUGCCGUCACGGUUCCGAGUGUCGUGUGGAGGAGAACGGGGCGGUGUGCGCGUGUCCGCCGCCCUGCGAGCCCGUGUUGCGUCCCGUAUGCGGUUCGGAUGCUCGCACACAUCACAGCGAGUGUGAGCUACGCCGUGCUGCCUGUUUGCUAGGCCGGGAGAUUAAGGUGGUGCACGCGGGUGCUUGUGGUUCGAGUGGAGUGUGCGCGGGGCGCGUGUGCCCGCACGGCGGCGAGUGCGUGGCGGCGGGCGCGCGCGGCGUGUGUCGCUGCCCGCGCUGCUCCAGCGAGUUCGCACCCGUCUGCGGCUCAGACGGCAUCUCCUACGGGAACCGCUGCACGCUGCAACUCGAGGCCUGCCGCCACCGACGAGACGUGCGCGUGCUCUACGACGGACCCUGCAACGGCUGUGAAAACAAGAAAUGUGAACAUUACGCUGUUUGUGAAAGUGACGGCGUGUCUGAAGCUAGUUGCGUUUGUCCAAAGCACUGUGAAGAAGGCACAGAAUCGGAAGAAGUUUGCGGCAACGACAAUCAAACGUACAGCAGCGUUUGUGCGCUACGCGAUGUCGCUUGUCGUGAGAAGAGGCAUCUUCACGUUAAACAUAUGGGUUCGUGUGAGACGUGCACGGAGGUGCAGUGUCCAAGCGGCACGUACUGCGCACGCGGCGUGUGCACGUGCAGUCGGUCGUGUGCGGGCGCGGACCGCGCGCCCGUGUGCGCGGACACGCGGCGCACGUACGCGCACGAGUGCGCACUGCACAAUGCCGCAUGCGAGGCGCGCGCGCGUGGCGACCUCCCCCCGCGUCUCGCGCACCACGGCGAGUGCGACGAGACUCCUGCCAACGCUGAUUCAGGGGCAAACAAAACAACGAAAAGUGGUGAGCUGGGCAAUGAUAUCCGAAUAGGCGAUGAAAAUGCGGAGAGUUCCAGCGAGGCGGGAGCGGGGGCCAGUAGCGCAGUGUGCGCACGUGUGCAGUGCGCGUUCGAAGCGACUUGCGCGGUUGACGCUAACGGACAACCGAAGUGCGCGUGCCUGUUCGACUGCGCAGCCGCCGCCGCUGCUGCGGUCACUUCGUCGCCCGUUUGUGCGUCCGAUCUGAGAUUGUAUCCGACUUUGUGCCAUAUGAAGUUGGAGGCUUGCCGGAGACAGGAGGAUUUAAGACUUCGUCCGCUAGCUUUGUGCAAGGGUUUGGAGUUUCGUCCUUGCGGUGAUGACGAGCCACUUACCGAUGCAGAUGGCCGGGCUCUAGACUGCGGCGGCGGGCCGCACCGUAAAGACUGUCCCGCAGGCAGCUACUGCCACCACACUGCUAAAGCGGCACGCUGUUGUAGAAAAGAUAAAACGAUUGCUGAGAAAAAAGACUGCCAGGAGUCGUGGCACGGUUGUUGUGCGGAUGGCGUGACGGCGGCGAGAGGGCCGGGAGGGGCUGGCUGUCCCUCUCAGUGUGGUUGCCAUCGCCUAGGCUCGGUGUCCGAACAAUGCGAUGAGAGUGGGCAAUGUGCGUGUCGACCGGGUGUUGGUGGGCAGAAGUGCGACCGCUGCGAACCGGGGUACUGGGGCUUACCGCGUAUUGGUGCAGUACACACUGGUUGCAUACCAUGUGGAUGCUCCGCUUUUGGUUCUGUUCGCGAGGACUGCGAACAGAUGACAGGCCGCUGUGUCUGUAAACCUGGUAUACAGGGGCAAAAAUGUACAGUUUGCUCAAACCAUGAACACACUCUAGGGCCUAAUGGCUGCUUUGAUCCUGAAUCGACGCAAUUGCCGGCAACGACCUGCGAGCAGUUGACAUGUUACUUUGGAGCAUACUGUGUGGUACGAAGCGGAUUGGCGACUUGCGAAUGCAGAGCUCCGGAAUGUCCGGCUUCGGAAGGACCAACUGUAUGCGGUAGUGAUGGCCGCAGUUAUUUAUCAUCUUGCCAUCUGCGUUCUCAUGCUUGUAGAACGCAAUCAGACGUCGUGGUGCAAGCAUUUGGACCUUGUGGGGACGCAGCACCGCACGUACGGCGAGAUAAGUUAAAUCAUUCGUACAGACAUGUAUCCAUAAACGACGAGUACGACGAAAGAUGUUUAAAAAAGACAAAUAAACAUCAUAAUACAAAAUAUUACAAUGAAUUCGAAGAGGAGCAAUAUAUAACAAACGAAGUAGAGGAUGAUUACCCGCUAUACGAAGAAUAUUAUGAUGGAAAAGAAAAGGACUUGUAUAUUGCGCCAUUGUUCGACGGGCGGGCUCAUAUGACAGCACGCACGAGGUUGCCCGCUAAAAGUUUCGAUAUAUGGGCCGAGGUCUCAGCUGUUUGCGGCAAGGGAGCGUUAAUGAGCGCCUCAGGUGUGAGAGAUUAUUUAUGGGUCGGUUUCAUGGAAGACAAGGCUGUAUUGCGUUGGGACGCAGGCAACGGCCCUUUAGAAUUGCGUUCCGGGAAGGUCAGAAUUGAUGGGAGGUCUAAAGUAUCGGCGAGAAGAUACAAGAAAGACGCAAUAUUAAAGUUGGGUUCAACUGCUGCUAGAGGUUCUACACACGGGCCAAUGAGUUCACUUGAUAUCGAUCCUUAUAUUUACAUUGGUCGUGCACCGGAUAAUGUUACAAUGCUAUCAGGGAUGAACAUUCCUGGUUUCGUCGGUUGCGUGCAUCGUCUGCGAGUUAGCGGACGCGACAUCAUUCCGCCCGCCCGAGGAAUGCUCGUCACUACACACGGAGUACGCCCCUGUACCCCACAUAACCUUGCUCAUGUUGUUUGCCCUUAA